CGGCGCGGAGCGGAGCGGAGCCCGGCGAGAGCCCGGCGGGGCCGGCCGAGGAUGGGCACGGAGCCCCGGCGGCAGUCGCCCCGCAGAGUUCCUCGGCUCCGGGCACAGGUAGAAGUUCUGCUGCAGAGCCCAGUUCCAGGCCUUGGCAGCGGCACAGAGAGGAGGAGCUGUGAGCCUCUCUGGGCUGAAGGAGAGCGUGGGCACUGGGCAGGAGAUGAAUUAAAAUGCAGCACACCACGUGCACAGAGGACAGGAUCUACCAUGCGCUGGAAAGGUGUCUCCACGGGCUCAGCAGGGACGCUGUGUCCAGCAGAUGGGCUGCCGGGCUGUGCCUGAACUGCUGGAGCCUGCAGGAGCUGGUGAGCCGGGACGCCGGUAACUACCUCAUCCUGGUGGAGAAGAUCCUGGGCAAGACCAAGGAGGUGCAGGAGAGGUGUGACUACGACCUGGUGACGCCCCUGGCCCUGCUCUUCUACUCGGCUGUGCUCUAUGCCCCUCACUUCCCACCCGGCUCUGACCUGCUCCUGAAAGCUGCCAGUGUCUACCACAGCUUCCUGACGUGGCCCGUGCCCUACUGUGACACCUUCCGGGAGCUGCUCACCUUCAUCAGCAACGAGCUCAAGGCGCCAGGGAUCACAUUCCAGAGGCUGGUGAGGACAGAGCAGGGGUUGCCUAUGAAGAACUACCAGAGCUCCACAGUGACGGUGCUGCUGCUGAACCGCUUGGAGGUGCAGAGCGAGUUCCUGUCCAUCGCUCAGAAGCUGAGCUCCAGCGAGCCCCCCCAGCAUUCCACGCUGGUGCUGCUCCUCCAGCACCUCUACCAGGCCAACUUCGGCACCCGCUGCGACCUGGACAGGCUGCAGCACCUGCUCAAGUCCAAGCCCCUGGAGGAGCUCUCGGAGCUCUACGCCAGUGCUGCCGAUGCUCAGGAGGCGGCGGCGGCCAGCAGCGACCCCGCGCUGGCCCGGGAGCGCCUCCAGGCCGUGCUGUGCGACAUCGCCGGGGCCGCCUCCUUCCCUGCCAUCACAGGUGAGGCCCAGCCCUGCAAGCUGCAGCCCAUCCCCCUCCCGCCUGCCCGCUGCUACACCUACAGCUGGGACCAGGACAAUUUUGACAUCCUCAAUGAUGUCCUCAGUAAGGAGUGCAGCAUUGCUGAGCCCCUGGCCUCAGAGAACGAGGAGGAGGAUGAGGAAGAGGAGGAGGAUGUGGAGACUGACGGUGGCUCCCCUGAGCAGGACUCGCUGCUGUCCCCGCUGUGUGCCAUCUCCAGUGACUCUGUGUACUCCGUGCUGUCUGAGGAGGGCUCCAGGCCCUCGCGGGUGUCCCUCUUCUCCUCCUCCAAGGAGUCCAUCUCGGAGCUGACGGUGGUCUCCAGGAAGUCCCUGAAGUCUUUCGUGUCCAGCCUGAAGGACUGCAUGGACAGCGGCUACGCUGAGGACAGCGACGAGAGCUCCCUGGACACGGCGGGCAGGCUGGAUCUGCGGGCGGACAGGCCGCCCCCCAAGCACCGGCAGUCUCUGACCAACAGGCUCUACAAACUGUUCAAGAGCAAGAGCCAGCAGCUGGUGCUGCGCCGGGAGCUGCGGGACUGCGCGGGGCCGUGCCCGCUGGCGCUGUCGCUGCGGCGCGCCGAGAGCUUGUGCGCGUCCCCAGCGCAGCCGCGCGUCCCCGCGCGCUCCCGCCGCGCGCUCUCGCUGCCGCAGCACGGCCCGGGCCAGCGCGGGCCCGCCCCGCUCGCCCCGCGGCCCCUCGGGCUUCCCCGCCGCCCCUGCCUCAGCUGCGACGAGGACGCCAAGGUGGGCACGCUGCGCGUGGUGGUGUUCGGCUCGGACCGCAUCUCGGGCAAGGUGGCCCGCGCCUACAGCGACCUCAGGCUCAAGGAGAGCUCCUGCCCCUCGCUGACACGGUACUUCAGGCUGCUGUUUUUCUACGUCCCCGUGAAGAGGAGCUGCGUGGCUCCAUCCACCCCGCAGAUGCAUCACCACCCCUCGCCGUCCCUGGGGGACCCCCCGCCCCGGGUGCAGGACCCCUCCCUGGCUGGGAUGGAGGGCAGCACCAACGACAUCUCCCACUACAUCGGCCUGCUGGACCCCUGGUACGAGCGCAACGUCCUGGGGCUGAUGAACCUGCCCAUGGACGUCCUGUGCCAGUGUGCCAAGCCCGAGGCUGAGCCCCAGGAGGACUCGCAGGAGCAGCUGCCCAUCCUGGCAGACAUGAUCCUCUACUACUGCCGCUUCGCCACGCGCCCCGUGCUGCUGCAGCUCUACCAGACCGAGCUGACCUUCAUCGGGGGGGAGAAGAGGACCGAGGUCUUCAUCCACUCGCUGGAGCUGGGGCACUCAGCAGCCACAAGGGCCAUCAAGGCCUCAGGUCCAGGCAGCAAAAGGCUGGGAAUAGAUGGAGACAGGGAAGCAAUCCCACUGACACUACAGAUUGCAUACAGCAAGACAGCUGCCAGUGGCAGGAGUCACUGGAAUGAUGUGGAGAAGGUCUGCACCUCCGUCAACCUCAGCAAGGCCUGCAGGAGGCACGAGGAGCUCGCCUCGAAGACAGAAUGUCUCAACUUAACCAUGACUGAGGUGGUCAAGAGGCAGAACUCCAAAUCCAAGAAAAGUUUCAAUCAGCAGAUCAGCGUGUCCCAGAUCAAAGUGGACAAGGUCCAGAUCAUCGGGGUCCAGUCCUCCUUUGCCGUGUGCCUGGACCAGGAUGAGCAGAAGAUCCUGCAGAGUGUAACCAGGUGUGAGAUCUCCGUGUGCUACAAGCCCAGGGACAGUGACCCCUUGGCACCAAGAGGGUCCCCUGUGCCCCCGCAGGGCCCCUCCGAGUUCCACUCCCUGCUGUGUUUGCCCAUUGCCACUUUCAGUGGGGCACUGCCGUAGAGGAGCUGUGUCCCUCCGGACCAGACUCCAUCCCACAUCAAUCCAGGCUCAGGAGAAGGAGGAGGACACCAGCCCUGCUUGGCCAAGAGCUCCUGCAGCUGCAGAGUCGCUGUGGUGUCCGUGUGGUGGCUGAGCUGCUCCUGCUCCAGGCUCGGCCCCUCCUCGGGACAGGGGAUCCUUGUGCUCUGGGGUUCCCAGCAAGGAGGGGAAGGUGGUUCCUGGAUAUCUCCCUGUGGAUCAGCAGAUGCCAACACCUGGGUGGGAGGGCAGGGCAAGGACAGGGAUAUUCCCUGCCAGAAGAUGGUGCAAGUGGGAUAUGGGGGUGAGCUCAUGGGGGGAUGUUUGGGAAAAGGAACGUCCUUGGCUCAGGGGUGCCAGGUGUCCGUCAGUGCAUGGGAAUUACAGAUCCCAUUGUAUUGGUGAAAUACCUACCCAUGUCCUGGUGGUCUUUCACCUGUGACAGGUUGACGAUGCUCUGGACAGUUUUUUGGGAUAGGGACAGGUUUCCCAAGGCUUUCCUUCUCUUGUGGAGGUCGAGUGUCCUGUAGGGAAGCAGAGCAGGGAUCCUGCAGCUGUGUCCCAGGGAACUGAGUGCAAUAGGCCAUCUUAGGGCAAGGACAGCUGCUGGUGGAUCCGUGUAUUUCCUGUGCAACCAGGAGAGGCAAUUCCCAAUCCCUGCAGGAUUCCAGCACUGAGCUGUAAUCCCUGGUCUUGCAUCCUGCUCCCAGCACUGUGUGCCAGAGCCAGCCCAGGGCUGAAGGCUCAGUAGGUGCUGGACUCCCAUCAGGCAGGGAGGCACUGGGGAAAGCUCCAGGGUUGCCUUAGGCCCACCUGCAGGGUCACACUUGCUGGAGAAGGACCCUGCACCAAACCUGAGUGACACCUGCAAGUGACAGCAGGAUUGGAGAUCCUCCCCCCCACAAACAUUCCAACCUCUUCCCUCUCUGCAAGGCUGUGAGUACAGAACGGUGCAAUAUUUGAGGAUACUUAGGGGUAAUUUGACCCUAUGAGCAAAGCAAUAAGACUGGAAAAGCCUCAGGCUGUUUCUGGGUGGUUUUUGGGGAUUGUACUGGUGUUAGCAGCACAAGAGCUCAUUGCCUGCUGCAGGCCCAAAGGAGCUUGAUCCCCAGGUUCUGUGUUCCCUGGGUGUGUCUGGAAGGGACCCUGGCCCUGCUGGGGGCUGCAGGGCUCAGCCACAGUGGGGUCAGUCCAUGGAGUCCCUUGAUCCUCUGGGAAACAGGACCUGGUGAGCUCUCAGCACUGUCCCCAAGGGCUGGUGGCACAGCAGCAGUGUCACUUGAGGCUCAGUCUGCCGGGGAAAGGGCCAGAGCUCCUGGGGGCUUCAGGUGUGUCAGAGGAGUGAGGUGAGGUUGGUGUGCUGGAUUCCCUCAUCCGUGCUGGGGUGUUGGGGGUCCCUCCUGUGCCCCUGGCUCUUCUUCUGGCUGAGCUGGCUGCUGGACACCUUCUGCUCCCACUGGCCCAUGGCUGGGGACAGCUUGGCCUGGGCCCAGGGGUGAACACCGUGGUCCCCAAGGUGCUCCCUGGUGUCCUCAGCAGCUCCGGGUGCAGCUCCUGCCAGGGCCAGAGAUGAGGACAUCGGAGAUGUGCCCGCACUCCUGAGGCCUCUGUGCUUCCCCCUCCUGCUUGAAUCACCCACCCCAGGCUGGUGCUGCCCUGGGGAUCCAAGGAAAGCCCCUCGGGAGGGUGAAGCAUCCCUUGGUCAUGAGCAGAAGCCCUGGCCCCACCCCAGAGCAGAGCCAGGUUGUUCUCCCAGCAAAGAUCCAGCUUCCCUGGCCUCACACUGGCUCCAGGAGCACCCAGCUUCUCCCAGUGCCUGGAGCAGUCCUGUCCUUGGCAGGGACCCCCUGGCAGUGCCAGACCCUGCUGGGCUGUCCCCUCCUCAUGCCUGGGCACUCCUCUCCAUCACUAUUUUAAGCCAAAUAGGCUCAAGGGAUCAGAAUCAGAUUUUAGUGGCUCUUUCCAUGCACUUGGAAAAGGUUUUGUCACUGACUUUUCCUUCCCCAAACAGGUUUGUGGUGUGUUCUCUCCAGUGGGGCUGGAAUUUGGCGGGUGGUUGUUUUUGUUCAGGGCUUUAAAACAGCACCUUAUCCUGUCAAACACUGCUCUUUGGGGUCUUGGUAUCUGUGGCUAAAUCGUGCCAGGACAUAAAUCCCUCUGGGUUCAUUUGGCCCUACAACAAUCCUGCAGAAGUGAAUUUCCCUCCCAUAGAGAAAACCAAGCACAAACUCCAGGGACUCAUAAUCGUGGCCAAGGUUUUGACCUCUGAUGCUUUCUGGAAAUGAAAGAAUUCCACGGCUCUUUGGGGUUAUCGUUGUACAUUUGUGUAGCCUCAGCAAAUCUGUGUAAAGUCUGAGCUGAUCUGUAAAAUACUGUGCAGAGAACUUUUAAAGUAAUUGUAAAAUAUUAAAAGUUGAUUUAUUUCCA